UGCGUCCGGCCAAAGGCGGUGCUACCCGGGUUGUGCCGGUUUCGGCCUGCAAUGGCGAGGGUGGUGUUGCUCGUGGGUGUGCUGGGGCUGCUACUUGUGUCUGCGCUGCCCGAGGUCCUCGGAGACCGCCCCAGCCCUGAGCACUGGACACACCCAGGGGACGCCGCCCAGGUCAGCCUUGGGGCCACGGAACCCCGGCGGCGGUUGCCGCCGCCCAGGGACCAGCGCGAGAGGGCUCGGGCCGGGGCUCUGCCCUUGGGGGCGCUGUACACCGCGGCCGUCGUGGCUUUUGUGCUGUUCAAGUGUUUGCAGCAGGGGAAAGAUGAGGCUGCUGUUCUCCAAGAGGAGGCAAGCAGGAAGGAAUUACUGCAGUCAGAGCAACAGCUGACGCAACAGCUGGCCCAGACAGAGCAACACCUGAAUAGUCUGAUGGCCCAGCUGGACCCCCUUUUUGAGCGUGUGACGACCUUGGCGGGAGCCCAGCAGGAGCUUCUGCAAGUAAAGCUACAGACCAUCCACCAGCUGCUACAAGAGAGCAAGCCAAACAAGGGUGUGGAGGUUCCAGAACCAGAGGCCAGCACACCCUUUCCUGAGGAUUUAUGUAUAGAGGAGGAUGAGGAAGAGGAUGGUGACAGUCAGGCCUGGGAGGAGCCCCUAAACUGGAGCGCAGGGACAAGGAACCUAGCUACUCCCAAGGAAGUGGUGCAGGGGCUAAGGAGAAGAUGCAGAAAGGCUGCAGCCAAGGGCCCCAGGCACAGCCCCUACCUGGAAGGAGGGACAGCAGCUGACGGUUUAGUAAAACAAAGUCUGUUCUUGUGACUGGA